CGCGUGAAGUGGAAGAUGCCGAGGGGCGACAGGAUGAGACGGAUGCGAGCCAAGGAACGCACCUCUCACAGACGAGCCCCGUCUCCGAGUGGAUUGGAGGCCCAGCAGCAGCAGCAGCAGCAGGAGCUCUGGCGAGAACGUUGUCGUUUGGAUCCAUCCAUUGGAGGCAGCUCAUUGGCCCGCUCCCGAACCACGUGAGCUCAGAGUGAGAGAGAAAGAGCGAUGGCGGCGGCAGCAGCAGCAGCAACAGCUGCAGGAGCAUCACAGUUUUGGUUCGGAUAAGGACGCAAUCUGCGCGACUCCAAUUCUGCUCCAACUGUCGUUGUAGCUCGAAAUCGUCUUUUGCACGUGAGUUCGACCCGAUAGCUGCUGCUGCUUCUGCUCUCGUCCCGUGGCUCGAUGAGUGCAGCAGUCGGGAAAUGUAAGAGUGGAGUAGAGUUUGUGGAGUGCCGAGCUGAAUUCAGAAUUGCUGCUGCUGCUGCUGCUGGAGAAAUGGGUCUCAUGGUGCAUCUCGCCGAAGGUUGAUGAGAGAGGGACGGAGGCUGGGCGAGGAGUCGGUCGUGGCAGGAGAGGGCACUCGUUUUCAUGGCGGAGCUAGGUGCCCUCGCAGCUGGGCUCUUCGGGCAUGACAUCGUCUCGUGCUCUGCCGGGACGACGAGGCUGCGAGACGCGGAGCGCCGGAGACUCGGCAGGGAGCAGAGUUCAGCUUGCCCCGCACUCGCACUCGCUCUCGGUGAGAGGCGAAUUGGCUGCGUGGGCUUUCCCCUGUGUUCUAUCAGCAGUCAUGGCAAGGUGGCACGAGAAAUUCGAGUCUCCAGAGUGGUCGCUGACAGGGCCAUUGCCGAGGUCUUCACCGAUAGGGAGUCAAACUCUCUACGAUCGUCGGGCGAGGACGAGGAUGAGCGCUCGCAGCUGAUGGUUUCUCGUGAGAAUUUCUCCGGUGCUGUGGAGGCGGAGGAGUUCUCGUUGAAGGGCGAUGGAAGCGAGGGCAGAGUCGUAGGCCCGGGAGACGAUCAGAGCUCCGCCAUUGGCGAUCUCCACGGACUGGACACGAAGUCAGGUGAGUGUUCUGUCGCCCAGAGUUGGAAGGACAAGCUGAGAGAAGAGAAGAAGAAUCACUGGUUCUCGGAUUUGGGACCCGGCCGACUGUGCAUGGUCGAGCAGAUCGUGGGCAGACUGCAAUGCGCUGGAGUGCACGGGUCGACAUUGAAUUCUCUCCUGGCUCCAUUCGCUGGGAUGGUGUCGGUGCGCGUAGCGACUUUGGUGUUUCGGAGAUUGCCCAAGGUCACGGAGCCACUAGGGUUUUACGACUGGGUGAAGAAGCAUCAACCUGGCCUCGAGGCGAAUCGCCCCAUGUACCAUGCGCUCGUGCAAUGCCUUCUGCAAAAGCGGCAUUGGGCGGGGGUGGAAACCAUCCUGUACGAGAUGGGGAGCAAGGAGAAUUGCCUUCCAGACGGUGCGCUCUACAGGAAGAUGAUCAAAACCGCCAGUGAUGCUGGCAAUUCGAAGCUGGCAAACAAAUGGCUGCAGAAGAUGCUGCAGAGUGGUUUGGUUCCCAGUCUUCCCACCUGGAAUUUGGUCCUCGCUGCUUUCGCUCGAGAUGGCCGGUUCGCCGAGGUCUUCUCUGUCUAUGAGCAGCUGAAGGACCACGAUCGCCCUGCCGACAGGAUCACCUACUGCGCGCUCCUCUCAGCUUGUCGAAAUGCGGGCAGGGUGCACGAAGCACGAGAAAUUGUGGCCCAGAUGAAGUCCCGAGGUAUGCAGCCCAAUCGGAUCGUGUACAGCGUUUUGGUCGACCUUUAUGGCAAAGCAGGGAUGCCAGAUUCUGCAACUGCCACGUUUCGGGAAAUGGAGAAAGCAGGUUACGAGCCGGAUCAAGUGGCCUACAACACGCUCAUCCACGCUUAUGCGAGGGCGGGCUGGAUCGAGGACGCAAAUGACGCAUUCGACCGAGCCAUCAAACUGGGUGGCCACAUCGAUCCUGUUAUUUUCUCGACCAUGAUCAACAUGUACGCCAAUGUGGGUUCAGUGGAAACAGCCAGGGAUUUGCUGGAGGCCAUGAAAGAGUUUCAGUUCGAAAAGAAGCACUAUCAGUACGCUUACUCAAUUCUCAUAAACGCUUACACCAGGGUCGGGCAGCUGAGGGAACCCAUUAAGCUUUUCGAAGAGAUGCAGGCUGCCGGGUACCCUGUGAAUGACAGAAUUUACACAACCAUGCUAAAUGUGUACUUCAAAGUGGGUCGGCAUAGAUGUGCAGAGGCACUUUUCCAGGACAUGAUCGAGACGGGGAAGUGCAGGAAUGUGGUAGCUUUUGGCACCAUGAUCAAUAUUUACGGUAGGAUGGGAAGAUUGGAAGAUGCUGUGCGAAUUUUCAACUCCUUGAAGGCAUCAGGCCUCAAGGGAAACACUGUUAUAUACAACACACUCAUUUACUGCCAGGGAAGGAAUGGGAAUUUAAGUGCUGUGGAGGAGUAUGUGAAGGAAAUGAAGGCCGCUCCUCUGGAGCUGGACAGAGUGACAUACAGCAGCUUGAUCAAGGCCUACAACAAGUCCGGUAGACCUUGUGAUGCCAUCCGCACUUACAACGAGAUGAGAUCUGCUGGUGUGCACCUCGAUAAACUGGUUGUAGGCACGAUGGUGAACACUUUCGGCAAGCUCAAAAGGUACGAGGAGCUCGUGCAGUUGUUAGAGGAUACGAGACAGGAAAGAGUCUGGCCGGAUGAAAGACUCCUAAGAUCUGUCGUUGAUGUUUACGAUGCGAUGCAAUUAGCAGAUUGUUCUCCGGAUGCUUUUAGUACGUUGGGGGAGUUGGUCAUAGCGAUGGAGAAGGCUGUGUAUCGACAGCAUGGAGCUAAGGUACGGUACUCUUGUACAGAAAACCGACACCAGAGUGCACUCGGGUAUGAAUCGGAAGGAGAGAUCGCCUCAUAAGGGAUGACCUGGGGCCAGUCUGAGGAGGGCUCCCAUCUCGAGGCUGUUUCUCCUCCCUCUCAGCCUUUUGACGCUUCUUGGCAUAAAAAAAAGGCCUCACAGCAUGCAAUGCAAUUCUCUGGAUCCUGGAAGGUCCUGGAUCGAUUUUUGUCAGCAUACUUAGCGAUCCCUACUUCAUUUAGGGUAUCAGAGUCCAACACCCCUGUUAAUAGUUCCCGCCACGUGCAGAGAGAAAUUCUUUCCAAAAACAUCGGAUCCUCAUGCUAGAGAGCCAAAAUGGUGGCAAAAUGAGGCACUUUACUGGGACAUCUCUAUCGCUUCCCGCUGUCUAGGCAUGCAGGUUUCCGCAAUUGUAUUAUAAUCCUGCCUUGUAAGUCUGGAUACUGUGAUCUCAAAUUCAUGUAUGAGUAAAGGUGAUGGGUAUCCAUUUUGUCACUCCUUUUCA